AUGGCGAAGUUAGCAGCAUCGGCGUCAACAGGAGCGAUCUUCAUUAAAACAGCAUUAGGGGCUAGGACUAGUAGGUACGGUGAGGGUGAUGAAGAUCUAAAUUUGCAACAGCUUUUAUCGCCGCAGGCCUCUAAAUAUCUCGUCGGGUCUGCGACCGAGUCUUCACUAGUAAUUGAAGCUGCUCCUCUGGAUCUCGAAGUUGCAAAGAGCCAGGAGGAAUGGGUUCACCACACCAAUUUCGACAUGGACGAAUCUGGCACUUCGCACCACGUUCGGCGUCAUCAGCAGCGUACUCUUUUUAACACAACUCAAUUAAGCCCUCUCAUGAAGCAGUACUUUCGUUCGCCAACAAAACAUGUAACUAAGGCCAAUUUUGUGCAUCGCACUACACCAUCAGCAGACUGUGUGGUAGGUGGUGAAGACACCUUUCAAAUGUCCUACCAACGGAAACUGCAGAAAGGCUAUGCAGCUGAAGCCUGGCGCCAACACAAAAUCCACAUCAAAGAGAUUCAGAAAGAGCAGAAAGAUACCGCACGCGAAAUAGCUCUGCUGCAUGAAACACGAGGGUCAGUGCUCAGCAGUGGAAAAAAAGGAUUGCAGGCGUAUUGCACCGCACUUAUGAGUCGUCAGCGGAAACUACCCUCGAAACAUACGGUACUACAGUUAGAUAAUUGA